AAUAUCACAGAAAUGAACCAGACAAAACUAACGGAACUUUUGCUUUUAGGUUUCCAGAAUCCCCAGAGGUUAAACUCUGUCCUGUUUGCUCUGUUUCUCGUGAUCUACGUCUUGACGUUAGCCGGGAACCUGCUGAUCAUCACGUUGGUCGUGAAAGUUCGGAGCCUGGAGUCCCCCAUGUAUUUCUUCCUCACCCAGUUAUCGGUGUGCGAUAUCCUCCUCGCCACAAACACCGUCCCCAACAUGCUCCAUGUUAUACUCAACGGAGGAAUCACAAUAUCUUUUAGUAGAUGCAUCACUCAGUUCUUCUUCUUCGGUGUCUCAGCUGGAACGGAAUGUUUUCUUCUAACCGCUAUGUCCUACGACCGGUAUUUGGCUAUCUGCCGGCCGUUACAUUACACCGCUAUCAUGGAUCUCCGGCUCCGUCUGCAUCUCAUCCUUUGGUCUUGGCUCUUUACAUGUUUCCUAACGCUGAUCAUUGCAUUCCUUAUUUGUGACGUACAGUUCUGCGACCAUGUGAUUGACCAUUAUUUCUGCGAUCUGGCUCCUCUUCUAGAGCUGUCUUGUACAACGCACACCCUCGCUGAGCUUGUUGACUUCGUUUUAUCCAUACCUUUCGUCACUGUCCCUUUUUUCUAUGUCAUUUUCACAUAUGUUUCCAUUUUUAUCGCCAUCCUUAGAAUUUCCUCCAGCGCCGGGAGGCGGAAAGCCUUCUCCACCUGCAGCUCUCACCUGACUGUAGUGAGCACCUACUAUGGGACGCUAAUAACAGUUUACAUCGCCCCCACCAAAGGACAAUCAUUUAAUGUCAAUAAGGUAGUGUCUCUUCUGUAUACUAUGUUAAACCCAUUUUUAAACCCGAUUAUAUACAGUCUUAGGAAUGAGGAAAUCAAGAUGUCUUUAAAAAAGUUUAUUUCAAAUAUACUUAGAGGACAGUAG